AAAUCAGCAAAAAGUAUCCUGCCAUAAUUUCACGGUGUGUCUAUGUGUUUGUAGAUGUUAUCUAAGAACAUGAGAAUGGCAUCCCCCACGCCCCUCUUGGCACGAUAGGCAAAUUGCAUGUUAUCCUGUAUGUCUUCUGUUGAUUUCCUCACUUCUUUCAGAACCAGUUUUUCUAAGGUUUUCAUAACGACUGAUGUUAAAGCCACAGGUCUUAAGUCAUUCAAAUUUUGUAUUGAUUGUUUCUUUGGGACGCGAAUUAUUUCAGAGAAUUUCCUUGAGAGUGGUGUUAUUCGUUCUUUCAAAGACAUAUUGAAAAUAUCAGUUCUCGAAAAGUUCUGUUGAUUCUUCUGCUGUUUUUGCUCGGUUGUUUUAGUUUUGUUUUUCCCCCUGUUUUUUCCCCGGUCUGCAUUUGCCAGUGGAUUGGUGUAUUAGCUCUAGGUUUCUAAUGAUAUCAUGCUUUCAGACUGCAUCAUUUUUUUCAUAACAGCUCCUGCUCCUCUAUCAGGUUGUUUUUAGUUUUGAGAUUGAUGUAGUUUUGAUUCAGUCUCGUUCUACUUUUUCAUGUAUCUUUUUCAUAGCAAAAAGAAAACCCAGUCUGCAUCAGAUAUGGGUGUCCCUCCAUUGGCUGACUUUUCUCCAACAUCGUCAAGAUCAUCAGGGUCAUUGAGGUCAGCGAGACAGCCAGAUGCCUCUGGGGACAACAAUUCUGCAAGAUCUGAUUCCAGCCGUGCGGCGAGGCCUAAAGGCCUGCAUCUUGUGUCUUCCGAAAUCCUGUUCCCCACUUUGUGCAAGGGAGAAAGCGCUGUACUGAAAAUUUUACUGAAAAACCCUACCAGUACAGUGAAACAGAUAACAGUAGAACAAGAACCACAGCCACCUUUCUUAAUCAAGCAUCACAGCUUCACGGUCAGAGAGGAUAAGAUGAUGAUGUUCCCCGUGACCUUCAAGCCACUGCACGUCGCAAAGUUCAAGGACAAAAUCGUUUUCCGGGAGAAUGAGUCUGGCCAGCGUCUGUGUGCCGUGGUGGAGGCACAAUGUAGCCAGUGAACCUUUUCUGGACCGCUUGGAGUGACGAUGGGCGAGGAACAAAAAUAAUCAACAAUUCCAUGAGUUUUUAAACCUGACAUUUACAAAUAUUGCUUUUGAAAUACUAUGCUUUGUUCUGUAAGGAAGAACAGAUUUCUCUCAACUCUUUCUGCGUGAGGAUCAAUUUCUGUCCUAUCAGACAUCUAUCGUCCUUAUCUCUCUCUCCUCCUUUUUUGUGUUU